AUGGACACCUUCACUUUUCCACCGCCUUCGAAGUCCUCUUCACCCGUUCAGGUCAUUAGCGUUGAGACAUCGGUCGAGAAAGAUGCUCAAAAUGAACGCGAAGUGCGAUUGAUCAAUGCGCGCAAAAAGCUCAAAAAUUAUAGAUUAAAACAGGCAGCUGCGGCGAACAGCCGUGAUGCAAGCUCUACUGGCUCUUUUGGGCUCUCUGCCAACCCUCUCAAUCCUACCACAAGCGGAACCUUAUCAACCUCAGCUGUUGCGCCUCCUGGCAAUUCACGUCACCAACACACUCGUACUCAUUCUCGUAACCAGUCCCGCUCUUCACUUGCUUCAAUUCUGGUCUCAAGUGAACAAGUGAAUAUCAUUGACGAAGUCCUGGCUCAUCAACGCCGUCUGAGUGUCACCAAACCUGCGUAUCAUCAUUCUCGACGUGAUUCGCUCUCUAGGCCGAUCGCCGCCCCCUCACUGGAUUCCAACGCGACCAACCCAAAUCGACUCUCAGCGACUUUUACUCCAGCCUCUAUCAACGCAUUCGAGGGCUCGUCCACUUUACCCGGUUUCAACUCCAAUCGGAUCAGUCUCCCACCUCCAGUCACAGGUACUACUCCUACCUUGGUAUCCACGCCAUGGGCCGGUCAUGAUCCUUCCCAACCCCAUCAACGUACAAAUUCCUCUUCAUUUGUGCCUCAUCAACACGGUCACGUCAGGCGCGAGUCGAAGCACAUGCGUAAAAACAGUGUUAGCACUCGUCGGGAGAGUAUUGAGAUCAUGGGUGGACUUGGCAUCAUUGGAGUUCCUUCUGCGCCUAGCGGUCUAUGCUCCGUUUCACACUCUGAGAAUCUAGGGGGUGCGAGGUCGAUCAACCGAGGUAGCUGGUCAGGUGGAGUUCCAAUCGCCUAG